UCGUCGUCAGUGACCCGCUUUCGAAAAACGGCUCGUCUUCCACUCGGAGGCUGAGCCUAGCACCCUUGCAACCUGCCCUGGCGCUCUCUGUCUUGGCUUGCCGCGAGGCCCGUUCCCAACUGGCUGGACCCUUGAAGGAACACCAGGGGAGCUCGCGCAGCCGGCAGCCAGUUAGCGAGAUGGGCAGCAACAAGGCCUUCCUGGCGCCUUCUCGUCGUGCCCCAGAGCGUGGUGGCACUAUUUCCGGAUGGACUCCUCCAGGGGUUCAAUGUGGAGUGAUGGACGCCUUUGACGCCCGCGACUCUGGUGACAUGCCAGUGCUGAUUCGAGCCAUGGGAGCAGGGGUAGCUCCCCCAUCGGCUCGUCCGUUGCCAGACGAACCCUUGACGCCCCGGACAGCUUCAUCAAGCCUUCCCUUCCUCAUCAGCAGCUCAUCUACCCCAUCCCCCCAGACUCCCUCUUCACCUCUCAUCCCGCCUCACGAUACCUGCCAGACCCCCAGUCCGCCACUCGCGUCACACGUCGACUGCAUCCAGCUUCCCUCCUCCUUCUACUUCCCUCCCUCGGCAUCGAGAUCCGGCAGCGUCUCCGGCUUGUCGUCUGACCCUGGUGGCCUUAGCGACGACACGUCCAGCGUCAUGCCCGGCCAGACUUUCGAGGCUCAGGCCGAGCAUCGAUUCCAGUCUCCCAACUCAGCCGACUACUUCCCGUUAAUCUGUACCGCGACUAACACGAGCAUCGACGACACCACCACCCAACCACCACCUUGUUCGGCAGGCAGCGAAAAGAGUGGACGAACAGCGAGUCCAAUGAGCUUUGCGCGCUGGGCGAGGCGACAGCACGAUGGGGAACCAGCGAACAAGCUGAAAAGGCGAGACCAUGGCAGCCGAAACGGCCUCUCGAGAUCCGGCAGCAUCCAAAAACGACAAGCUCAAACCGGAGGUGCCCCACAGAUGACCCGGGAGGAAUUUGAGGCUCUGCCGCUGGCGAUACAAAGAAAGUACUUUUCCACCCUCGAACGGCUACGUUUCGCUCAGGAGUCCGGACUCGUCGACGGCAUUUCCCAGCACUACGACGACAUAUCACAUUUCAAGGGUAGAAACCCCCGCCACGACCGUAACUCUUCGGAACAACUCGUUGGUCGAUCUCGGCACGAAUCCGGGUUCGAGUUUCACUCGUCCACUUGUGAUUCGUCGCCCUUGUGCGCCGGUCAGCCAGAAGCAACACAGGAAGAGGUAGAGUUCCGCCGCCCUGCGAUACGGCAUCGUGCGAGUGUCAUAUUUGACGCGGCCGACGAGGCCGUAUAUAAACUCAACCAACAAGCCGGCAGGAGAAACCGGUCACCGACUGUUGACUCUCUCACUCCGCCGCUCUCCCCUGCUCGACAUAGUAUGGACUCGCAGGAUGGAUUCAGGAAUCAUGUUGAUCGCCCCGCCGAUGGGCAGGUACCCAAGUCGUUCUUCGACAGCUUUCGGUGGCUUGACGAGGAGGAGGAUCUGGACUUGCGCCUCUUUCUAGACGACUACCAUGCGAACUUGCGGGAGGGCACGCCGACGACCAAGCAACGGCCAUCCUUCCGUAGGACCAUGUCGAUUUCAAAAAUCCCCUUCGGUCGUCGAAGCUCAGUGUCGUCGAUCAGACCUGUCACCAAAGACGUCAUGACGCCGACGUCGCCGAUCCACAGCCCAACGGGCAGCAUCUCCAACGGCUUGACUCACGCGAGGCGCAAGUCGCGCGCCCUGUCUCUCAUCACGCCAAAACACGCAGCCCAUCCUUCCAUCACCGCAUUCGACCCCGCAGCCGCCCACUACCAGGACCCCGAAGCGCGGUUGAAGCUCCGUGUGUACUUGGCCUCGCCGCAGAAGUUUGACGAGGCUGUCGAAUUCGGAUUCCCAUCGGCAGACGUGUUGUCACCUGCACAGGCGGUCAAUGCGGACCACACUGAACUUGACGGGCAGCCGAAGCAAAAAUCGGCAGAUGGCUCGUCCAAUAUGCACACCUUCUUGGCCGACCACGACGACGACGACGAUCUGUCACUUUACAGCGAUCAUGCGACGUCGCUGGGCGACCCCGACUCUCCCAAGACCCCGGAACCGGUCGAACAACGGACUGUCGCCCCACGCCACGGGCGGGUUGCCUCGGCGGACGUUGUCGGCGGAAGAGGAUACGGGAGGACCACCCCGGAAGGGCCUUUCUAUGUUCAAGCACCAGCGGCGUCCCGCGAGAUGACUCUGCGUAUGACGCUGACCCGGCCUGACCUUCGCGCACACGAGGAUGACAUGUAUGGUUGGCAGCAGAAGCCUGUCUACCAACAGCACGCGCGCCGACCAACCGCCAUGGCGUCUCUGGGUACGGAGAACAGAGCGCCACACACGGCGCCACACAAGGAGAGCCUCGAUAAAUUCGCCGAGGUUGACCACUGGAACGAAACUGCCCCGGAAAAGGGGGUGAUGAGGCGGAUAUGGAACCGCGUACGGAGGGGUUGAGUCCCCCAGACACACUCGACAGCAUUGUCACAUCACGCAAUGUCACUCGCUCUCGCAACGAAUUUAACGCUUAUUGAUCUCUCGCUACUAUCGAGUCGAUUCCUUCUCCCUAAUCUACUUGGACCAGAAGAGACUGGAUCGACU